AUGAUCCGUAUCCCGCUCCGCACCCACCUUCUCCGGCGCCUUCCCCUUCCUGCCCGCUACUACUCCUCCGGUUCACCCAGCCCCUCAAAUCUCCCCGAUAACCACUUCAUCAAAACCGGCGAGCGCGAAGCCUCCGACCCCGCCGCCAUAAAUCUGCGCAGCAACGAGUACUCCCAAUCCGGCGGCGACGACAUGGUCGCAGAGCAAUCACAAGCUUCAUUCAGCAAGAACGCAGAUUCACCGGUCACUUCGAAAGAGACGGCAGGGAAGGGAAACGUCGUGAACCCGUUAGAUUUCAGUCCUGCGACACCCGAGUUGAGUAAGCAUACUGAAGCAUGGGUUGAGAAGGGUGUGGAAAGGACGGAAGGGAUGAGUACGGGGAAGGGUGUAACAAGGAAGAGUAAGACUGUGGUGAAGUCGGAGAUUGACUUUGAUACUAUGAAGCAUAAGUCGGGUGGCAGGUGA